AUGGCUGUCGGUCCGACCAUUGGCACUGGUCUUUUCAUCGGCGCCGGCCAAGCACUCGCGGUUGGCGGACCUGCCUCGCUGCUCCUGUCGUAUAUAAUCCUAUCCAUUCUGACCAUUGCCAUGACCACAAGCGUGGCUGAGGUAUCCACGCACAUGCCAUCGCAACACGGAACACUCGUUACCAAUGGCUACCUGUAUAUGUCAAGCAGUCUGGCAUUUGCUUCAGCAUACCUCCGCUGGUACACUCUUGCUUUGUUCGUCCCAUACGAAAUUACAUCGGCGAUGGUCAACCUUGGCCUGUGGAAACCAGGCUCCGCCGUCGCAGUCAGAUUAGGUAUCAUCACGAUCAUCGUUGUUGGGUUCAAUUUCCUGCCGGAAAGACUAUUCAAAAGCUCCGAGCGAUUGUUCACUGCGAUCAAGAUUGGCACAAUGGCAACCCUCUUCGUCCUCUCCCUAGCCCUGGGUCUUGGAGGUGUGGAUGCGCAACCACCAUGGGGGUUCAAAUACUGGAAGCAUCCAGGUGCCAUGAACGAGUAUCUAGUCCGAGGUAAAUGGGGACGAGUCUUAGCUUUCUUUCAAUGCCUACUCGAUGGCUCCAUUGCUUUCACAUUUGCCCCGGAGCUGAUUGUGCACCGAGCGGAAUUUCCAGCAUCCCUUGUGCCAGCGUCACUUGGCGAAACGGCGAUGAUAAGCGCUGGGAUCCCAGGCAGAGUCACGUCCGAUGUUGCACAAACCGCGUUUCCGUAUAUCGUGAGCUCCUUGGCCAUGGGUGUGAUGGCUCCUUUCAAUGACACUCGUCUGACAAACAACGGAACGGGCUCCGGGUUUUCUCCUUACCUGAUCGGUCUCAAAAAUGCAAAUAUUCAAAUUGUACCUACAAUUGCGACGGUCGCAAUCCUGCUCUCUGCGGUGGCUUCUGGGCGAUCCUUUUUGUAUCUGUCCUCUCGCACACUAUGUGCAAUGUCGGAACUCGGUCAUGCGCCCUCUGUAUUUUCUAUUCGCAACCGCUGGAACGUCCCAUAUUUGGCUGUUGUAGCAUCUGCCGUAUUCUCCUCUCUUGCCUUUGCUUCAGUGAAGGUGUCGAGUACAAUCAUGAACACCUAUCUCCUUCGCCUCGUCACAAGCGCCGGCUUCAUUUCCUCGCUGGUAUCAUGUGUCGUCUAUCGUCACUUUGAUCGACGGCUCAUAAUGAAUGGAAUUGCCAGGCGACACAGUUUCGCGUUCCAGCCGUUUGGCACAUAUUUCGGAUUGGUCAUCAGUACUAUACUGCUGUUGGGCGGCGGGUUGUGGGCAGGACCCAGGGGAAAUCUGAUUGGGUCCCGAAGCGCCAGACUGAUUGUCUCAUACAUCAACAUCGUUGUUUUCAUCCUGCUGUUCUUGGUUCAUCGAUUCCAAGACUUUGUGCCCGUUGUCGAAGUGGAAAGACAUGUCGAUAUGGCUGGACGCAGACAUGGUGACCGCGAGGGACCAAAGGAACCUCGGACACAGAAGACGUACCCGCCUCGGGCGAAACUCGACGCAAUCCCAGAGGGUUCCGGGGCAUUUGAGUUGCGACUCAGCCAAACCAUGUUCACCGAGCCUUGA